AUACAGGCGCUGCAAUGUCAGCCUGAUGUACAGACUGUAGUCGAUAUUCUCGGAAGACUCAGCGGCCAUGUUGAUUCUCACCUGAAGCUGGACGACGACUUCAGCCUCGCCGCCCCUGGUCCUCGGCAGGCCCAAAUCAUUCACGCGCUCGUGACGCACGUGAUCCCGACCUACUUUGAUAGCCUCGACCACGCUUCGCGCAGGAAGCUCGGCGCUUGUCUCCAGAAUGUUGCCGGAAUCAGCGCGCUGCUGGCCCAGGCGAGACUGCUUUCGGACACCCUUUCAUCGACCAAGCAGGCAGUGCCCGGUCCCCACGCGCUGCACGCACUGCUACAAACCGUGACAUUCGUGCUCCCGGAAAAGCUUCCGCUCAACACGAUUUGGUCGGCCUUGAAGGAAGCAGUCCCGGACACAGUCACAAGACAACUAGCAUGGAAGGAACUCGUCACUCUGCUCGGCUCGGGCAAGGUGGUUGCCACGAUCGCUCGAGCGGAAGAUGUACUUCAGCACCACGAUGAAACGGUGCGCAUCACAUGGCUCAGCAAAGGUUCCGAUUAUGCUGCCUGGCUUGGUACGUCUAUGGUCAAUCUGCUGGACGCACCGCAUUCGAGCGUGCCCGCGGCAACACUUCUGUCGAGGAGCUUCAGUCUCGGCUACAACCAGUCUAUUGCCAAAGCCCUGAUGGUGGGCAUUCAGAACAAGAACUUCUCCUCUAUGCUCGCUCGACUGCCGACGCAUUCAGUACGUCAGCUCGUGGAAGCUGUCCUCCAACGCCUGUGUACAAUGUCAAGGAGCGGAGAUGAGGAGACAGAAUUCGGAUCCAAGAAUGUGCGUGCGUCUGCCGGCUUGAUGGGCUGGCUUAUCGACACGAGUGAGGUCGCGAAGCAAGCUUUCACCUCAUAUCUUUGCGACCCUGCGCUGAAUAGCACGAUCUCGACUUCCAUUCGGGCUGCAUGCAUUGCAGCGAUUGCCACGAAAGCCUCCGACGAUCUCAAAAUUCUUUUCGAGACACUGCUGACCUCAUUUGGUAACCAUCUCUUCAUUCAUCAUGCCCCAAUUAUUCAGCAGGAAGGUCUCGCUCAGGCAUUGCUCGUGGUGGCAGGUGCUUUGCAUCGCCGUUCACCCACCGCAGUCUUGAUGAUUGCCAGAUCAUCUGGACACAUGCAAGGCGUAAGUGAUCGACUUCAUAGCAGCAACUCAAGAGCACGUUGGCUUGGGAUGAUCGUGGGUACAGCUACUUCCAGUCUGGUUGAGAAGGAAGGCUCAAAGAUGGACUUUGGCACGGAAGACAUGCAGACCGAGGAAGCAAGGUGGUAUCUCGAUCUCGUGAAUAUCGAACCUCCCGUGGGAUCUUUGGACGACUUCAAGCAAUUUCCAGAAAUGGAGAACGUCGGAACGAAGCCAAAGCAUUCCAAGAAAAGGCACACGUUCGGACCAGUCCCCCCGCCAGCGCAGACGGAAGUGGUCGGGGAGAAAGUGGCGGAGCUUGACGAUGAUAGUGACCACGAUGACGACGAUCUGAAGCCGUACGCCAAACCGGAUGACGACCCAGGAGACAGCGACGAAGAUGCCACGCUAGUCAAUCGCGACAAGCCUCGACCACCAGUUUACAUCCGCGACCUGAUGCGCAUGCUGCGUGAUACGGAGAAGCCUGACAGGUUCCAGACUGGCAUCAAGCAUGCUGCUGGCCUGAUCCGACGCAAAUUCAAUUUUGGAGCCGAGGUGCGCGAUCACGAGGAAGAGCUAGCCUUGAUGUUCUGCGACUUACAGGACCCCUUUGACACGGAUGACUUCGACGAGCUCAGACUGCAAGCUGUCAUCGCUGUACUCCUCAGCAACGUUCCGAAGAUGGCGCCAUGGCUGAGCCGUCAGGCUUUCACGGGCGACUACAGCUUAUCGCAGCGAUGCAUCAUGCUCUCUGCCCUUGGACUAGCUGGUCGCGAGAUUGCUGGUCUCAGAGUCCAGGACGUGGGGCUCAAUCCAGCACCGUCGGUGAGUGACUCGUUCCCGAGCCAAAGGCUCACAGGAAGGCUGCACGCAAUCUAUGAUGCCAAGUCCUCUCCAGUGAAGCGUCUAGAGGCAGCGAGCAGUUCAGUCGAGCAUCAACUCCUCAAGCCACUCGCCCUAAGCGCUGCAGAUAAGGCCACUUCCGAUCUGAACGCAGUUAAGGUCCGCACAUUCUCAUCUCGACUCACGUCAGAGAAUCGCACGAAGCGGAGGCCCAGCUCCAAUCAGCUGGGGAAGGUCUUCGCGACAUCGUUCUUUUUCCCACUGGUCAGCCGAUAUCAACAGGACUUGGCGGUAUAUGGUCAAGGCUCAGUAUUCGCAUCGAGUCCUUUCGUGCAGGUAACCUUCCUCAAGACUCUGGCUCUGCUGCUUCACGCCUCUGGUCCUACUACAUUGCAGCUUCCUGAGCUUACUACGGCAUUCUGGGAUCUCUUGCUUGCGCUGAGAGUCAAAGCUGCUUCCGACAUCAGCAUACUGGAGGCAGUAUUGUUUUCGGUACUCACUAUUCUUGAGAUCAACACCGAGGAUGGUGGCUUUCAGCGCUUAGCUUCAGAAAACCCGAAGCAGCUCAUGGAAACACAGCAAUGGAUCCAAAUCGUGUUUGAGCGCACUGGAGGUGGACAACUGGUCGUCGAAGGGAGCACGGAAGAGACGAAAGUCCGGACUCUGGCUGCCGGUGUGCUCAUGAAGUGUCGAGAAGUCAUCGAAGCGUAUCAAAGUCAGCUGAUCGGC